AUGGCGCUGGUGCCGCCGCAAAGCGAUGUGGCAGUACUAUGGGAGGCUGCGUUAGACAACUAUAGGAAAACAACGGACGUCGAUUUGCGCGCUCAUUUGAGAACGCAGCGAAGUACUACAUCCAUCAAGCUGGAGCAACAACGCCAAUUGGAGACCUUCAAAGCAUUUCGCCAUAAUAAAGGAAAGCUCGACAGAUUCCGUACCAUGAUAUCUGGAAAUGCCGACAUCAUCGAAGGGGUCGCAAAGCACAUAGGAGACGCCGCGAGUUUUGCCUUUCCUCCCAGUUCAGCCAUUCUGACAGCCUUCACGCUCGUCAUGACCUCGUCCAAAUACGUAUCGGAAGACUAUGAUAUGAUUGAAGGCUUUUUCAGCAUGAUGCAAUCAUUCUUGCAACGCUUGUCAUUGCUAGAAAACAAGAUACAACCCCAAAGUUUCCAGUCGUUCCUCAUUAACGUAUUCUCGUCACUCUUGCAGCUUUCUGCCAUAGCACGCGCAUAUUGUGCCAAAGGCAGAAUCUCUAAAUGGGCAAGAGCUCUAGUCGACGGUAAUGACCCUGACCUGAAGGCUGCAUACGGGAAACUCAACACGGAUCUCCAAGAACUUGAGUCUGCAAUAAUUAUGCAAACCUUGCGUACGACUAUAGAAAUCAGUGAUGAUGCGAAAUCGACACACCGAGAUGUCAAAGCUUUGCAGACUGAAUUCGGCCUGAAUACGAACAUGACAAAACAGACCCUGGAGACCAGCACGCAAACUCUCAUGAUAGCUAUGCGAACCGAAGAGAUGAUUCAUACCUCACAUAAAAACACGACUGUGGGCAAUGAGUUGCUCCGCAACUUGGAUAAGAAGCUGGACAGAAUACAGACAAAGGAUAUGGAAGAAAAGCAACGAAACAUGAAAUCUGGAGCGAGUAAGCCAGUCAACUUUGAGCGUCUCAGGUCAGACUAUCUCAGAAAUGGUGCUGAGGGCGGCGUCGCCGAGAGACUGAAAGGUGUCAAACUAUCCUUUGUCGACCGACUAUUCGACUGGAUAGAAGCCGAGCCAGCUGUAGAAAGCAUUGUCAACGGUGAGGAAAGCCUUCUAUGGGUCAACGCGGCACCAGGAAUGGGAAAAACCACAUUUUCAUUUCGGAUGCUUCGAUAUCUGGAAGAGAAGUACUCCCACGAUCCUGACAUAUGCGUUGCCUGGUUCUCGUUUGACGAGGAGUAUCCCGAGAUGCGCUCAGUCAGAAAUAUGCUUAAAUGCUGUUCCAUUCAAGUCGCCCAAAGAGAUGCGCGUUAUUGCAAGGAGAUGCUAAUAGCCGUGCGGCAAAUGGGACCCGUACGGUAUCUUGAGACAAUUGAAAAUGAAUGGCACCAUCUAAUUGAGUCAAGAUACAAAAAAGAGUCGGAUCGGCGACUCAUACUGAUACUAGAUGGCAUCGAUCAAGCAAAUGAAGAGGAUGCUCCGUCACUCAUGAACAUCUUGGGCAUGAUCAAAAGUCAGCGCCAUCGAGUUCAAAUCAUCUUCACGUGCGGCACAGACAAGAAGCUAGACUAUUCCACACUGGGUGCAAAAUGUGUUGAUCUGACCCGUCACAAAAUUUCGCUCGAUAUGCGUCGAUUUGCAUGGUCAAAGACGAGGAGUCUUACACGGCUCAGGAAACUGAGAGUCGCACUACGGAAGAUCAUCGUUCGCAAGGUGACGCAGAAAGCAGACUCGUUUUUGUACAUUGAUCAUACUAUGCGCAGACUCAAUACGCUUGGACGUGAAGGUCCCAUUACUAAGGAAUUGGAAAUGCUAGCAGACAAUACCCAAGCCAUAUACCACAACUUACUCGAGGAAUGCCAAAGGAACCGGACUCCAGAGGACCGGGAGCUACUGGGGAGUUUGCUUGCUUGGCUAGCAUACACAAAAUCGAAAGUCACUAUUGCAGAAGCCAAUUUUCUUGCCGAAAUCAUUUCAAAAGAGCAUGCUAUCAGUAUUGAGGAAGAGCUCAACGGUCGUCUCUCAAGGCUGUUGCGCAUUUCAGGGGACCGAUCAGUGAAUGAACAAGACGAAUCAAGCGAAGAUGAUGAUAGCUCCGAGGAAAUGAGUGAAGAUGAUAAUGACGCUGAGGGAAUAGAGGAAGAUGCCCAAGAUUUCUUGAGCUUCCAAGAGCGCUCUCUGAAAGCCUACUUUCGACAUGCAUUUCGGGACCAUGCAAGUGCCUUGCAAUGCACAGCUACCGAAGCACAUGCUAUUAUAUUCCAAAUAUGCUCUGCAAUUCUCACGUUUCCGAAAAAUAAAGCAAGGCCAUUCAAGCUGGUACAGUAUGCUUCCGAAUGGGGAUUGUAUCAUCUGCUCGAAAUACAGCCUGACGAUGAAGGUAGCGUAAGUGACGAGCUUGCCAUAAUUAUACUUGAAAGCAUCCACAGCAUAUUUACGAAUAAAAAUGACUCACUUAAGCCACUUGAGCAGGUGGCAGGAAUAGAGCGUACGAUCUUGAGUGGCAACAACUUCACACAGUCUGAUGUACUCGGCAUGCUGUCGGCUUGGGCCAAGCGUGCCCGACGUUUGUCUCCGAGCCAGCUCUCUUAUGAAAUUCUGGACUGGUUCCGGCCUCUCGAACAGGAACCAUUACGUAUAUUCAUUGGUCUUUCGCGCGGCCAUAUUACGAAUUGGUUUGCUGCAAAUGGCCAGUUCUAUGCGGACGCUUCUUUCAUCAGCGCUCAUUCUGCUUUAUGGGAAGGUAGAAACCUUCCCGAGUUAAAGCAAAACCUCAGCCUAGCAGAAUACUUCGUGGAUUUCAUGGAAUUUAAGCAAAUCACGGAGCGCUCGUUCGAAGUCGUGGCCGACUGUUUCUGGGACAUAGUCAAGACCUCGUCAUCCUAUAGAGGAAUCGGUAUGGCGAUGAUAUACAGGCUUAAGUACGGGCCGGCUAUCAAACAAUUUGACAAAGGGCUUGCCGACGGGACUGUCGAUCAGCUCCAAAGAUCCUUACUGCUGACCAGCAAGGGUCGUGCCUUAUUAAUGCUUGGACAAGAUGAAGAGUAUGAAGAGAUGGGAAGAACAUAUCUGGAACAGUCAUUGAACACAUUCAACGAAGCCAACGAGUUCUACCGCAGCGUGGUGCAAGAUAACGAGAGCUAUGACGAACUUCGUUAUGCAUCAGCAGACAACUUCAGGAACACGGCGGAAGCCGCAGCACUCUUGGGCAAGUCGGAAUUAGUGCUGAGAAGUAUAAGAGAUAUCAGUGAGGUCGAUGGUCGCACCGGGUACUUUGGACUGACUGAACUAUGCCCUGCGCUCAAGAAGACCAACCAAUUACCCAUUAUAAUCGAGCUUCUGAAGCUUGCCACGAAAUGGGAGAUUGGCUGGUAUAUGGCCUCAGGCGAUGUCGAAGAACUGCAAGAGGCAGCAGCACGCUUACAUCAGGGUCAGUUAAUGCUGAAAAUCUACAGUACUGCGCAAAAAGAACUUGAGGCAUUGUCUCUUGGACCAGCAGUCAAAAAGAGCCAUCUGCAGCUGAGUGCCGCCGGAUUCGCACGUCACGUGCUUGGUGACCUCGAAUUAUCCAAAUCGAUGCUUUGCGAACUGGUCGACGACCCCAAGACGCCUAGCUGGGCAGUUAUGGCAGGCUGCCAUCGGCUCACUGAAAUCCUACUUGAGAAUUUCAGACUUUCGAAGGACCCACGGACCAAGAAGAACGCCCUAGAUGAAGCAAUUAAGGUGCUCCAUAAGCCGACAGAAGUGAUGCCUGACAAUUACAAACCCUCAGAGUCCCACAUGAUGGCAACGAUUGGAUACAUGCUGCGACAUCUUGGCCCUGCACUCGAUUAUUUCGAAUACAUAGACGCUGCAUUCAAGAAUUGCAUCGAGGAGCUACAAGAUGAUAGUGGUGCAAACGAUCUACCUGCAUUACGUCGAUUAGCUCAAGUUCUGAGUUAUAUAUCUGGCUUCGAAAAAGAAGCCAGCAUCUCUUUAUCCGCACAAUUGUAUAUUAUUGAUCAAGAUGUCCAUCGCAAGGAACCGGAACAAGACCAAAUUUUGGAAGAAGAUAAAUCGCAUGCUUCAAGUACCGAAGAACAAGACAUGGUUGACAGUAGUAAACUGCAACAUAGCACCGACACUGAGGACGAUGCUCAAACUACUCGUGAUACCAAUGGAGAUGCCACCAACGGGACCACAUGUACCAUUGAGAGUCCAGACCUUUCAAACUGUACCCAUAAAACCUCUACGAUCGAAAUAGAUUCUCCCCCUCUAAUCAUCAAUGAAAUUGACGAAGGCCUCUCAGGGACAGAUAUCAGUUGCAGCGUUUGCAAAUUCCGUAUAGAUCGCUGGUCUAACCGGGCAGUUUACUUCUGCAUUUACUGCAUCGAUCUCGACAUCUGCGAGUCUUGCUUCGCGAAGCGGAGAUCACAAGAGCGCGGCGAAAUCGAGCCAGACUGGCGUGUUAUUUGUCCAAAGAGCCACAAGCAUAUCAAGUCGCCCAUGGAGGGCUGGAGAGGAAUCAAGGAUGGGAUUAUGAGGAUUGGGACGGAAGAAGUGGCGUUCAAGACGUGGUUGAAACAGUUGGAGGGCGCAUGGGAACGGUACUGGGAAGAGUAUUGGACGGAUAAGGACUAA